ACCGUCGGCUCGCUGGGGCACUUCUCCUUUGCCACUUUCUGUGCUCUUCUCGGGGGGGAAUCCGCUGCACCGCGUCUGCCUCUUCUUGUGAGCUGUCCAUUCCAUCCUGUCUCCAGAGUGCUGCAUGGUCCGAGAGCCCGGCUGGUACUGGUCGCUAGUGUGAAGACCUCUGACCCUCAGCGCUGCCGACUGUCCCCACAAAAAAACCCUCAUCCUCCAGUACUCAUCUCCCCCGCCCCCUGUCCUGCCCUGUCCAUCCCGCCCCAUCCUGUGCGGCUCAUGACCACAGUGCCGCAGACAUGGCAUUCUCAUCGCGCUUUGCAUUCUGGGAGCAAAAGGUUAAGGACGAGGACAAGAUCGUUCCCAAGAAUACGAAAGACAGCUCCGACGACACCGCCAGUGCUAUGAGUGACCGAACGAGAGCCGCCAAGAGCCCAGAACCGAAAAAAGGUCCGUUCCGACCCGAGUUGCCGGAACAGGCACCCCAGAGGGAGCCUGUGAGAAGCCCCGAGCCUCUCGUGACCAGAGUGUCUUUGAAAAGCCCUGAACCCCCAAGGAACUCCCCAUUCAGAAGCCCCGAACCCCCCAAGAUCCCCGAACGAUUCAAAAGCCCGGAGCUGGCCCCCUCCCCAAAGAGCCCGGAACGCGUGGUCAAUGGAGACAGCAAAGCCAAUGGGUCGCUCAACGGCCCCCUGUCCGGCAGCCGGCAGGACCUGGCCGAGGACAAGGGGCCGAUCCGGAAGAAGGUGGUGAAGGUGAUGAAGCGGGUGGUGAGGAGGGUGGUGCCCGGGGAGGAGGAGGGGGCACAGAAAGAGUCUCCCCCAGCCCCGCAGACGGGGAGCGGUCCAGCGAGUCCAUCCGGCAAGCCAGCCCCGGCUCCGGAGACCCCGCGGACCCCCCAGAGCGGCGCGGGCGGACCCGGUAAGGCCCCCCCGUUCUUCACCUUCAAACACGACACCAUCAAGAAGGAGCCGCCGAAGGACGACCUCUCCGCCGGUCUCGCCAGCCUGAUGGGCCGGGCCAGGACCAAGGAACACCGACCCCGUUUCCGCGCCCCCGAGCGCAAAGAGGAGCCCCCGGAGAAGGAGGAGGAGGAGGAGGAGGGGGACGUGCGGAAUCCCGAGGAGGAGAAGGCCAAGGCCCCAGUUGAGGAAGUCGAAGACCGGACCUCAGUUCCCUCGUCAGACAAAGACAGUCCUGCCUCCCCCCCGCCCGGCACCUCCCCUCCUCCCCCCGCCUCCGCCUCCGCCUCCCCCCCUCCUGUGCCCCAGCCAGCGCCGCAGACACCGGAGGAGAAGGCGGUGUCUCGGGUACCUGCGGCCCCAGCUGGGAAAACAUCCUUUUCGGACUCGCUGGGUCAGCGCCGCCCUCCCGUGGCAGAGCAGGCCACCCCGCUGACUCCUGCUGAAGAGGCUCAGAAGCGGCUGGAGAGGAUCUUCACCUCGUCUCUGGAGCCCGUGGCCCCUGUCCUCUCUCAGGGUAAGGUAGAUGAGGACCCUGCUACUGUCCUUCAUGCUGCCCUUGCUGCUGCUGCCAAGCCCGAGGUGUGCCCCUGCCUUGCGUUGACCGUGAAGACGGAGGAGCAGAUUGUGGCGGAGCAGGCCUGGUAUGGCACAGAGAAAGUGUGGCUGGUACACAAGGAUGGAUUCUCCCUGGCAACGCUGUUGAAGACGGAGGAGGGCAGUCUUCCGGAAGGAAAAGUGAAGAUUAAACUGGAACAUGAUGGGACGAUACUGGACGUGGACGAGGAUGACGUGGAGAAGGCGAACCCCCCUGCGUAUGACAGAGUGGAGGACCUGGCUGCUCUGCUCUACCUCAAUGAGUCCAGCGUCAUGCACUCCCUGCGCCAGCGCUACGGCGGCAACCUCAUCCACACCCACGCUGGGCCCAGCCUGGUGGUCAUCAACCCCAUCAGCGCCCCCUCCAUGUACUCUGAGAAGGUCAUGCACAUGUUCAAGGGCUGCCGGAGGGAGGACUCCGCCCCCCACAUCUACGCCGUGGCCCAGGCCGCCUACCGCAACCUGCUGACCACCCGGCAGGACCAGUCCGUCGUGCUGCUGGGCAAGAGCGGCAGCGGGAAGACCACCAACUGCCAGCACCUGGUGCAGUACCUGGUCUCCAUCGCCGGCAGCACGGGCAAGACCUUCUCCGCGGAGAAGUGGCAGGCGGUCUACACCAUCCUGGAAGCCUUUGGGAACAGCGCCACCACCAUGAACAGCAAUGCCAGCCGCUUCUCGCAGAUCGUGUCACUGGACUUUGACCAGGCUGGCCAGGUGGCAUCGGCGUCCAUCCAGACCAUGCUGCUGGAGAAGCUCAGAGUGGCCAAGCGGCCCGAGGGAGAGUCCACUUUCAAUGUCUUCUACUACAUGAUGGCCGGAGCCGACAGCUCUCUCAGGACUGAGCUCCACUUCAACCACUUCGCCGAGAACAGCGCUUUCGGCAUUGUCCCCCACUCCAAGCCUGAAGAUAAACAGAAGGCAUCCCAGCAGUUCACUAAGCUGCAAGCUGCGAUGAAAGUCCUCGGGAUUUCGUCAGAGGAGCAGAAAGCCUUCUGGCUCGUCCUGGGAGCAAUCUACCACUUAGGGGCAGCUGGUGCCACCAAAGAGGCAGACGAAGCUGGCCGGAGACAGUUUGCGCGCCACGAGUGGGCACAGAAGGCCGCCUAUCUCUUGGGCUGCACCCUGGAGGAGCUCUCCUCCGCCAUCUUCAAACACCAGCCCAAGGGCGCCCUCCAGAGGUCCACCUCCUUCCGCCAGGGGUCCGACGACUUGGGCUCGGGAGACGGCUCAGGACCCAAAAUAACAGCGCUGGAGUGUUUGGAGGCCAUGGUCUCAGGCCUGUACUCGGAGCUCUUCACUCUCCUCAUUUCACUCGUCAACCGAGCCCUGAAGUCCACUCAGCACUCCCUGUGCUCGGUGAUGAUCGUGGACACCCCCGGCUUCCAGAACCCCCGGCUGGCCAAGCAGGAGCGCGGCGCCACCUUCGAGGAGCUCUGCCACAACUACGCCCAGGAGCGGCUGCAGACGCUGUUCCACGAGCGCACGUUCGUCCAGGAGAUGGAGCGAUACAAGGAGGAAAACAUAGAGCUUGCAUUAGAUGACAUAGAGUCCAGCACAUCACUGUCUGUAGCUGCUGUAGACCAAACAUCACAUCAGGCUCUGGUGCGGACCCUGGCCCGGACAGACGAGGCGAGGGGUCUCCUGUGGCUGAUGGAGGAGGAGGCCCUGCAGCCUGGGGGCUCCGAGGAGACACUGCUGGAGAGGCUCUUCAGCUACUACGGCCCACCGGAGGGAGACGGCAAAGGUCCGUCUUCGCUGAUGAAGAGCGAGAAGUCGCUUCACUUCCUGUUGGGUCACAGCCAUGGCACUGACUGGGUGGAGUAUGAUACCCGCGCUUGGCUGAGCCAUGCCAAGCAGAACCCUGCCUCCCAGAAUGCCGUCACUCUGCUGCAGGACUCCCAGAAGAAGAACAUCAGCAGCCUGUUCAUGGGGAGGACCGGCAGUGCCACGGUGCUGUCGGGCUCCAUCGCGGGCCUGGAGGGCGGGUCGCAGCUGGUCCUGCGGAGGGCCACCAGCAUGAGGAAGACCUUCACCACAGGCGUUGCGGCGGUGAAGAAGAAAUCGCUCUGCAUCCAGAUCAAACUGCAAGUGGAUGCUCUGGUGGACACAGUCAGGAGGUCCAAGGUGCACUUUGUCCACUGCCUGCUGCCCAAGGCUGACGCGCUGAGCGGGGAAGUGAGGGUACUGGGCGGGCCAUCCCCCAGGGCAGGGGAAGGGGAGCCCCAUGGCGAGAACUGCGACCCGGGCCUCAUGCAGCUGGACGUGCCCCUGUUGCGUGCUCAGCUGCGCGGCUCCAAGCUGCUGGAUGCCCUGCGGAUUUACAGGCAAGGUUACCCUGAUCACAUGGUCUUCUCGGAGUUCCGCCGCCGCUUUGAUGUGCUGGCGCCUCACCUGACCAAAAAACACGGGCGCAACUACAUCGUCACGGACGAGAAGAGGGCCGUGGAGGAACUGCUGGAGUCGCUGGAUUUGGAGAGCAGCAACUAUCACAUGGGCCUGAGCAGGGUGUUCUUCAGGGCGGGCACCCUGGCGAAACUGGAGGAGCAGAGAGAUGAGCAGACCAGACGGAACAUCACGCUGUUUCAGGCAGCCUGCAGGGGAUACCUGGCCAGGCAGGCUUUCAAGAAGAGGAAGAUCCAGGACCUGGCCAUCCGCUGCAUCCAGAAGAACAUCAAGAAGAACCGGGGGGUGAAGGGCUGGCCCUGGUGGAAGCUCUUCACCACGGUGCGGCCGCUGAUCGAGGUCCAGCUCACCGAGGAGCAGAUCCGAGGCAAAGACGAGGAGAUUCAGCAGCUUCGGGCGAAGCUGGAGAAGGUGGAGAAGGAGAGGAACGAGCUCAGACUGAACUCUGACCGACUGGAGAGCAGGAUCACAGAGCUGUCCUCGGAGCUCACCGACGAGCGCAACAGUGGGGAGUCCGCAUCCCAGCUCCUGGAGUCGGAGACCUCGGACAGGCUGCGCCUGGAAAAGGACAUGAAGGAGCUGCAGGCAAAGUUUGAUGCCAUGAAGAAGCAGAUGGAGUCGAUGGAGAUGGAGGUGAUGGAGGCGCGGCUGAUCAGGGCGUCGGAACUGAACGGCGAGCUGGACGACGACGACUCGGGGGGCGAGUGGCGUCUGAAGUACGAGCGGGCCAUCAGGGAGACGGAGUUCACCAAGAAGAGGCUGCAGCAGGAGCUUGAUGACAAACUGGAGGUGGAGCAGCAGAAUAAGAGACAGCUGGAGAGAAGGCUCACCGACCUGCAGGCGGACAGCGAGGAGGUCCAGCGCACGGUGCAGCAGCUGAAGAAGAAGUGCCAGCGGCUGACCGCCGAGCUGCAGGACACCAAACUGCACCUGGAGGGCCAGCAGAGCCGCAAUCAUGACCUGGAGAAGAAGCAGAGAAAGUUCGACGCGGAGCUGGCCCAGGUGCAGGAGGAGGUGCAGCGAGAGAGGGCCCAGCGAGAGAAGCUGAGCCGCGAGAAGGACAUGCUGACCGGGGAGGCCUUCAGCCUCAAGCAGCAGCUGGAGGAUAAGGACCUGGAGAUGUGCGCUCUGAACGUGAAGGUCGAGCAGCUGGAAGCAGAGCUGCAGGACCUCUCUUCACAGGAGUCCAAGGAUGAGGCCUCUCUAGCCAAGGUCAAGAAACAGCUGCGUGACUUAGAAGCAAAGGUCAAGGACCAAGAGGAGGAACUGGAUGAACAGGCUGGAACCAUCCAGAUGCUGGAACAGGCUAAGCUGCGACUGGAGAUGGAGAUGGAGCGGCUCAGGCAGACGCACUCCAAGGAGAUCGAGAGCAAGGAAGAGGAAGUAGAGGAGAUCAGACAGUCCUGCAACAAGAAGCUGAGGCAGAUGGAGGUGCAGCUGGAGGAGGAAUAUGAUGACAAACAGAAAGUCCUGCGUGAGCGAAGAGAUCUGGAGGCCAAGCUGCUGGCUGCCCAGGAGCAGGUGUGCCAGCGGGACGUGGAGACGGAGAAGCGGCUGAAGAAGGACCUGAAACGCACCAAAGCCCUGCUGGCAGACGCCCAGAUCAUGCUGGACCACCUGAAGAACAACGCGCCCAGCAAGAGGGAGAUCGCCCAGCUCAAAAACCAGCUGGAGGAGUCGGAGUUCACCUGUGCCGCUGCAGUCAAGUCCCGCAAGUCCAUGGAGGUGGAGAUCGAGGACCUGCACGUUCAGAUGGACGACAUCUCCAAGGCCAAAAUUGCGCUGGAGGAGCAGGUGAGCCGCCUGCAGCGCGAGAAGAACGAGCUGCAGUCGCGCCUGGAGGAGGACCAGGAGGACAUGAACGAGCUCAUGAAGAAGCACAAGGCUGCUGUGGCACAGUCGUCUCGAGACUUGGCUCAGAUCAGCGAUCUGCAGGCGCAGCUGGAAGAAGCCAGCAAGGAAAAACAGGAGAUCCAGGAGAAGCUCCAGUCCCUGCAGAGUCAGCUGGAGUUUGUCGAGCAGUCCAUGGUGGACAAAUCCUUGGUCAGCCGACAGGAGGCCAAAAUCCGGGAGCUGGAGACGAAGCUGGAGUUCGAGAGGACCCAGGUCAAGCGUCUCGAGAGCUUGGUGAGCCGGCUGAAGGAGAACGUGGAGAAGCUGACGGAGGAGAGGGACCAGCGCACUGCCGCCGAGAACCGGGAGAAGGAGCAGAACAAGAGGCAGCAGCGGCAGAUCCGAGACAUCAAGGAGGAGAUGGGCGAGCUCGCCAAGAAGGAGGCCGAGGCCAGCCGCAAGAAACAUGAGCUGGAGAUGGACAUUGAGAGUUUAGAAGCAGCCAAUCAGAGCCUACAGGCAGAUCUCAAGCUGGCUUUUAAGCGGAUCGGGGACUUGCAGGCUGCCAUCGAGGAUGAGAUGGAGAGCGACGACAAUGAGGAUCUUAUUAACAGUUUACAAGACAUGGUGACAAAGUAUCAGAAAAGAAAGAAUAAAACUGAGGAUUCGGACACAGACUCGGAAGUGGAGAAUCGGGUCGACGGGGUCAAAUCGUGGCUGUCGAAGAACAAAGGCUCAUCCAAGAACCUCUCGGAUGAAGGGAGCCUGAAAGGCUCAAGCCCCCCAACCUAUCGGAGACACCUAUCCCAGAUGUCCGAUGAGGAGGAUGAAGAGGGCACGACUCUCGGCUCGUACCGCUCCCGAUAUUCCAGACGCAACUACCUGAACGACAGUGAUGGCGACACCAAAUUUCCGGAAACCACAGCGUAGCCUUGCCCCACACACAACCACAGCGCGUCCGAGCACCCUUAAGACACACACAGAAACCACAGGCGGCACGAGCACUCCCGAGCUGGAAGAGAUCUCAAGCCUGUUGUUUUCCACUUUCUGUCCAUAAAAAAACGAAUACAAGAAAAUGCAUACGGCAAGGAGGGUGGGUAACGUCUGUAAUGAGGCUACACCGAGACGCUGGGUGCAUUAGAAACGUACCACUAUUGUAAGACAGGAAAGUACUGAUGCAGUUGUUUUCUUGCAUGCCGUGAGGCAUCCACCUAGACUCUGGGGUCAAGGGUCAGGAUAUUUCCUUUAUAAUUAGCCUGGGUUUCCCAUGUUUGUCUCUUCAAAGCAAUCCCCCCUACUCAACCACACACACAAGCCCACUAUGCUCGCCCAUCUCACCAAGGUCUGAAACUGACCCUCUCAAAGGUGUUGGGUUUCAGCCAGUCCAACACACGCCAUCUGCCCAGUUUCCCAGCUUCCUCCAUCCCCGAUGUUACUGAGCCAAAGAACUGUUUUAGUUUGCGUUGAGGUGUUUAGACACACCGUCGAAUAAAUACCAAAAUGCCUUUGUUGCAAGUACGACUGCACUGCUCUGUUCUUUGAGUCCUCGGGUUGUGGAAGAAGAAAACUACAGAGGAUAAGUGCCAUUGAUUAUAGAUGUCUGCAGUUGUGCUACAAAUCUCACUUUUUAUUUCCUCACUUGCUGAGAUAAAUUAUUUUUGGGAUGAAUUAUUUUGGAGCACUGCAACUGAUAAAAUUAAUUUCAGAACAUCCAGUAAGUGAUGAAUACACAAUACAAUAUAAUUUCUUGUGCACUAAUCUAAAUAACGGCUUUCUUUAGGUGAGUGAGAACAGUAAAGUACUGAUCACGUUGUUUUCUUGUAUUUGGGACCGAUGCCUUCAUCCUGAUUUUAUUUCACGUGAAUUUACUAGGUACUUGCAGUAAUGGUUUUGGUAAAGAGUCUUUGGCUCAGGAUCGUAGGUCCUUUUUUUGCCUAAUUCUUCAGUUUUCCAAAGGGAAUGUACUUGGUAUUGGGUACGGUGCUUUGUUGAAAUUAUUUUCUAAAAUUUCCUCAUCUCCUCAUCUACUGUAGUGGUAGUUCCACUAUGGACAACAUUGGGCUUUCAUCAUCUUCUGUAGAGUUUUAAUACUUGACAAUUGCCUAUUAUAGACAACUUACUAGAUGCAACACUUAUUUGAAAUACAGGCUUGCGCAACUUGUAUAUCCUUCGCUGUGAAAUCCUUUCAUAUUCCAGCGUACUGUCUUGUAAGACUGGCCAGUGAUUUGGUCUUAGACCUCACAAGAAGCUAUGAAAUGCUCUGGAAUUUUACGAGAAAACAUGUCUGUUUUUUAAAUGUUACUGGCAUGCUUCGCACUGGUGAUCUUUAUAAAUUUGAGCAUGAAGAAAUUUGGUGAUUCCCUUCCCCACCAAAAACAAUAUUCAUAUUUGUACAUGAACUGUGGCACAGGAAUGAAAGGAUUUCAUUACCACUUGAUUGUGAAGACAGGAGUUUAGAUUUUUUUGUGCACAUGCUUUUUAGAGAUCUGUUUUCUGCACUAUCCUUUAAAAGGUCUAAUACUUUACUUUUUUCUAUGCAUUCAAUAUUUGCAUUAUUAUUAAAAGCAGGGGAGUGUUUGAUGGUAAUGCUUUUUCUAACGCAGUACAAAAUCCAAGGCAAGACGAAUACAUGCGUGCAACAGGCAUAACAUUACAGGCUGUACACAUAUAAAUAUAUAAUGUCUGUAUGAUUCAUUCUAGCUUUCAAAAUAGUUUGUUUAUUUUCUGUAUUGAACAAAUGACCACUUGUUAAGAGUAAUUUUGCAGUACGGUUUAAUAUAUUGUAAAUAAACAAUGGUGAUUGUUUUAGAAUUGUUUUUGAAUGGGGUUCUUUCAUCGUGUAAGGCACACUCUGAAGACUAGAGCUGCAUUGACCGAUUGAACAUGCACUUCAGAAAAUCUGAAACUGGUUUCCUGGAAGGAAUAUUUCAGGAUCCUGUAAUUGAAAAGGACAGGAGAUCAUUUUCUGUUUUCUUUGAAGUCCUGCUCGCUGCUUUUAACCUGUUACCUUUCUGGUGUCUCUGAGUGUUUCCAGUGCAUUAUUCUCCUGUUCACACAUUUCGGCCUUUCCAAAGGGCAGAAACAUAAAUUUAUCCUCCGCUUGCUUGCAGUGGGAGUGGAUUCGGCAGUAAAACUGUGGUUAUUAUCUAGUUUUCUAUGCGUGGUUCAGUGAUGGCCUCAUUUUGAAAUGUUGCAUUUAAACUAUCUGUACUAAGAACUCAAAUUGUAGACAAAUGAUAGUUUAGGAAAAUUCAGCAAGCAGCAUUUUUCCACAAUAAGGUUUAUUUCAAAGGGGACAUUGUAAUUUAAAAGCAACCAAGCUCAUUGUGGAUUGUGCUGCACGACAUAAUAAUUAUGGAUGUCACAGCCUUAAUAAUGAGCAACCUGCAACAGUUCCUUCAAUUUUAACCCCUCAUGUGCCAGCUGAUCUGUAAUGCAGAUUUGUUUAGGAGAGUCUCUGUUAUGUUGUAAAUGUAUACGUUUACAAAUGCUAAAUAGCCUCUUUAUUAAUUACAGUAGGUACUGGAAAACAAAACUAACUGCAACAACAUAGCUAUAAAGGGGAUGUCUAUGAUAGAAAAUUUAGAUUUGAGUUUUGAGCUUUGAGGGUGCAGUACAGGGGUUUGGGUACCUGGAAGUUUGUGGGUUCAAAUCCAGGUAAGACACUGCCUUGAGGCAACUUCACCUGAAUUGCUCCAGUGAAAUACCCCGCUGUGUAAAUGUGUCCAAAUGUUGAUCGCUUUGGAUAAAAGUAUCAGCCAAAUAAAUUAGCUCUGAAAUUGUAUUAUACAUAAAAAAUGUAGCCAAUAUUUUGCUGCAGGGCUGAUAUCCCUAUUCUUAAGAUAUUUAAAAUACAAAUAAUGGAGGCUGGUAGACGGGUAUGUUUUAAGCAAAAGCAUCAUACACACACACCUAGUCAAAUGAUGUGUCACAGGCAACAUUGUAAGGUAAAUGUUUAAAUAAAUCUAGGGCUUCAGUUACAUGCCGACCUUGGAAUAUCUGGGCUCCCUCUCCUGUAACAUAAUAUGGAAGUUUCUGUUAAAUUCCUGCCCAGUUUGGAAGAGCCAAAUGUGUGUUAAGGACAUGCCAUCUCUGUGAUCCCUGCACAUGAGGGGGGAGACUCUUCAUACACGGCCUCUAUCAAGCUGCUCGGUCAUUAACACGUACAGUAGCAGCGCAGCCCCAUGCUGGGGGGGGGUUGUGCAAAUUAGCACGUGCCUCACCCCCCAGCAGCUGGAAAGGCUUGGGGAAUCCUGACCCGAGUCAGCUGGUGACCUAACUCCCACUCUUGAACCCCCAACACCUGAGCAAAGAGCUCAGCCUACAUUCAUACAUCAUUGCCUUUCCCGCACCGUUUUUCCUUGACAUGUUGGAAACAUUGAGAUGGGGGAAUGAUGGAAUGGACCGUAAGUGUUGAUCGAUAUUUAAUCUUACAAAUACUUGGAGCAUUAUUGUAAAUGGUACCAUACGUUUUACUGUUCAUUAAACUCUCAUUGUAAGCAUUGAUGUACAAACUCCUGCUGUGCAAAUGAAAAAAAAAAUGUAGCUCUAGCUUCAAGUGUUCUAGUUGUAUGAAAUGCCAGAACAGAAAAUGGAGGGGAGAACUUGUGAAUUUUAUUUGCCAUUUUUAAAAAGAAAAAGGAGGAGAAAAAAACGGUUAAAAUGUCUUGUCUGUAUUUCUGUAAGAUGUUUUUGGAUUAUUUAUGAAAAAAAUAAACUCUUGGGUUGUAUUUUAAACGUCAAA